AUGAACGUAUUCAAGAAAAAAGGCAAGGCCAAGGAUGAUACCUAUCUCAUACCUUCGGCGGUAUCAUCAGACCCGGCCCUGCCGGCAAAACUGUCUCGAAGUCUCAAACGGAAGCAGAAGAAUGUGGUUGAACCGAUGCCGCAAAUUGACCUCGCUACGGCGCUGCCAGAUACAAAUGACUUCCGCACGAGUUUGCUUAUGCCGGGUCUCUCCGCACGGUUCAGUAUGCUCCGCGAGCAAGACGACCCUAAUACCAAGGUGGGGAAGGCAAGCGACGACAGCGUACUCUUUCCGAAAAGAGCAUCUCGCCUGAACCUAUUUGCACACAAUCCAUUGACGGAUAUUGCCGAGACCGAAUCCAUCCGAACAUCUAUUAAGGCCCCGUUCGCCGACGAUGAUCGAUCUUACGCCAUCUCCGAGGGCGGGGGUUAUGCUAGCGACGAUGCUGGUGCCGUCCUCUCCAGAUCGAGGCCAACAGAAGGCAAUAUUCUUUUUGGUGGUCGGCAAAAGAUGUAUCGGGUACCUGCCGCAAGUGCGUCAGGCUCAACAGGAGACUCGACCGAAGGCCCCGUUUCCCCUCCUGCGCCUUUGACGUCGUCGAAGCAUGUCUACCAGAACGAUGUGGUUUUGUCUCCAUAUCAACAAAUGCGCAUGAAAGCUAGGGAAGAGCAAGAGCGUGACGAGUCCCGCGAGAGACCGACCAGCCCAGAACAUGACCGUAGCAGCAUCAUCAACACCCCCUCGACUGGAUUCAGCAAAAGCAGAGGUACCACAUCGUCGACAGCGUCGGGUCCUUCCAACAGGCGCAUUUCAACAGCUGCUACCUCAGUAAUUUCUGAUGUCUCCCAUCCCCGACAAAGCAACACGGGUGCCGGUUUCAACGCCAGAAUGCAGAGCUCUGAGUAUGGCAGCGAGGAGAGCUUGCUGAAACGGAAUCUCUCUUUUGAAUCUCGAAAAGCAUUUCCUGGGAACGACAACCAAGAUCAGCCGCCUCUACCAUCGUCUCCAGUCAACAGUCGGCGACCUCCGCAAACAGGGAAUGUCCCCAACCUGUCAGAUAAAUAUAGUCGUGGAGCAUCUCCAUUCUCCACCGCUAUUCAACGGGCGACUAGUCCCACGCCGGCCAUCCAAUCACAGGCACUGGCGUCUCUUGACUUUGGUCUUAAGAACUCUAUCAACCACUCGCGCAAAUAUCAGACGGCUUCCCCAACCAAUGAUGAUGAGGAGGACGAAGUAUACAACCGGAGUUUACAGCCCAACGAUCGUGGCAAAGCGACGGCGAUGGGACUGUUCAACCGCCCCCAACAACAAUUUGACGAACACAAGUUUGAGGAGAGGCAGCUGCAAAUGCACGGUGGCAGAGUCUCACCACCCACGUCCGGAGGCCCCGACUAUGGUGGCAUCACAGAGCGGGCGAACGAGCCAGGUCCGGUGGUCCUUUCAGGCAUUCCAACAUCGCCUUUCCAGAAAGGCUUUCCUCGAGGCCGGGAAUCGAGCAAUGCUUCUGUUACAGGUCGCUCGAGAGCACAAUCGACUGCCUCUUCCGUCCAGUCCGCGCAAGUUCAAGCACAUGCUGAAGCACUAAUCAAACGUCAAAACCAGGAGUACUCUACGCUGCAAGCGCAACGGCAAGCUGCAGAGCCAAUUGUUCGCUCCGCACCAAUGCAGAUUCCCAACUCUCUGAUGGAGCAGCCAGCAGCGUCCAGGGGGACAUUUUUCGACACCUUCGACGGCAGUGACGAUGACGCCGACAGCCCCAUGCUGGGUAGAUUUGAGCCGGCGCCGCGAAUGGCCCGAAUAGAACUUCAUCCGGCGCUUCGCGAUGGCUCACAUCCCGUCGGUUUCAAAGAGCAGGGCGCACCUGUUGCCGAUCCAGCGCGACCCCAGUCGGAUGCUUCAGCUGGCACUUCAUCUCCCUCGGUGGUCCAGGAUACUCCAGAUACCUCGGACUCUCUCCAUCGUUACUCUCAGGACAAGGUCAAAGACUCCCCCACCUUGGGGCCGACGACUGGGUUGGGCUUGAGCGGCUUGAUUAGAACUCAUUUGAGGCACGAUAGCGAUAGGUCGUCUAUUCUUCCACCGUCGCCUUCAUACCCACCAUAUGAGUCCGGCUUCUCUUCGAGUCCGUUCCGCGAGCCGGAAUCAUCGAGUGGCUUGGCUCAGAAUGAGAGCUAUCGAGUCUUUUCCCGCGAGCGAGAGCCAUCUUUUGGCUCCACACAGCAUGACAAAUACCCUACUUCUCUUCGUGAUCGCGAGCCGUCGGUUGCCUCCACUGCUCGCACAGUGAACCCUCCUGAGAGCACACACAGUGACCCCUGGGAAUUUGACAACACUCAUCGUACCCAACCGAGUCCCCUGGUAACUGUUCAGAACGAUUCUAUCCCAGCGAUGUCUCAAAAAGCACAACAAAUACUUGGUCAGGCAAUGUCUCACAAGAUGCAAGCCACGAGCAAGGCCCACCAGCUUUUGGGUGGCGAUGCGCCCAGUAUGAACGACAACCAUCCGGCGAGCCGGACAUGGCAGCACGAUGUGCUCUCUCAUCACCGCGGGGAAAGCACCGAGACACAGAAGGAGUUCGGCAAUGAGCUAGCUGAGCGAGCGAGAAGAAUUCAAGAAGGGUUGAGAGGAGUUGCGGAUGCAGGGAAGCGUUCGCAGAGUCAAGAUCGCCAUAAUCCCGCAGCCCAGGCUCUGCACGCGCUCCGCCACAAGAACAGCAAAACGGCUCUCAUCCCCCGCAGCAACGAGCCCCAGCCCAAGGCCAUGAAAAUGCUUGGUAUUGGUGGGGUCCAAAAGGCCGAGCCUAUCUCACGACCCCCAUAUAUAGGUGCCAGACGCGAUUACGAUUUCGACCAAGCAUAUGAUGGCCAGGGCGAGCGACCUACACCAAGACCAAGACCUGCUGAAUUUGAGCUACCCAGUGGACGGCGAACACCAGGGUUUGCUAGGCCGGAACCUCAUCUUCAUCACCCCAACGAAGAACUUGAGCGAUCAUAUCAAAUGCAGUCAGCGGCACUCAACUCUGGAAGGCCGAGGCGUGAUCGUGCUGAAUCCGAGGUAGCCGCGAGGUCAAGGAGCCGCCCUGGUCAAGGGCGCCUGAGAGACGAUCCGCCAUAUUCGCCGGUAGAAUAUGGUAGACCUGGCCCACCCCAUGCAGCAGGGUAUCGUGAGCAGCACCGUACUUUCGGCCAAGGCGACGGCCCGAGUGGCUAUGCUGGCCCUCACCCUUACCGUGGUCCCGGACGUGGGCCUCCUCCAGUAGAUCCACGCACCUACGAGAGGUCUGCUUCAGCAAUGUCGAAUCGACGACCAAGUGGAACCGGUCCUCGACCUGGCCCUGGACCAAACAACUAUUUCGAUCUUCGUGCUCCAACCCCGACCAUGGGUGGCACUCCCCAGCUUGGGGGUGGUGUUUUACCUCCAAUGGGCGCACCCCGGCCAUCGCCUCGCCCACCCUUUCCACACUCACCAAUCAGUCCGUUCGCUCUCCAAGGGGGAAUGUCACCUGGCCUUUCUGCCCCUUCCUCUACUGUACCAUCCGCUUUACCUUCUCCCGCCGGUCCCCUUCCUCAGCCACCGCCCUCCGGUCGCUUUACACCUGCUGAAGGCCGCUCCACUCCCAUAGGCAGCCGCAAGAAGUCAGUCACCAAGGGCAUGAUCUCCGAGCCGACCUUUAUCUCCUCUACCUCUUCAGUUCCGUUGGUCGGUCUGCCGAGUAAUCCGCGACCAAGCCAAAUUGCAAGCCCGCCAGUUCCGGUGAUGAAUCCACGUCGACGUGGAAACACGACGACGGAAAAAUCUGACGGAGCUCCAAGUCCUGGGAUGCACGCUUCACAGAUGAGCCCAAUGCCUGAAUCUCCCAACCGUGGGACCAUGGAUUUCGCUGGUUCUCAACCCGAGUAUAUCGAACACCAGCAUUUGCAGCAGAAGGGUCCACCACGUCCACGCAAUCGUCUUAGGAAGAUCAGCAGUGAGGGUGGAAGCAUGGCUGCUCGUGCACGGAACCAAGCUAUGCUGUCGGAGUUCGGUCAUGAGAGGCUUCGAAGCCCGGCUAUCCCUGUUUUCCCGAACAGAAGUACAACUUCUCUGAGCGUCCAUCAAGAUGGUGGCAUGUUUUGA